AUGGCGACUACAACAUCGGAGAGCGAAGACGAGCGAAUGGAGAAAAAAGUUAAAAAGAGAGCGCAGAAAGUGGGAAAUAAACGAUGCUACAUGCAUCUUUUUUCCGUGAAGAAUGAGGACGUCUUGGACUUUUCAACGGUGGAACACGUUUGCCCAUCGCUUCUGCUGGCCCUGUCCUUCCAGCCAUCUGCAUCAUUUGUAAAAAAGUGUCAAAGUAUGCUCGUUUGGGAUCGGAAGGCAAACGGCAGCGGGAUCAUCUCGCCAAAGCAGGGACAUUGUCGGCAGGCAGCAGAGAUGAAGAAAGACUCUUCAAUCCUUUUACAUAUCAAAGACAAAGACUGUGUUGCAACGGAGGUGCGAUACCAUAAAUCCUGUUACUGUGAUUACACCAGGUUCCUAACCAAGCCAACAGAAACUGCAACGAGGGAUGAAGAAAUGCAACCCUAUGCUGAGAGCUACAAACUCUUUUGCGAACAAGUGAUCCGUCAAAGGAUUAUUGUUGACAAAGAAGUGUUCAGAAUGGACAAGCUAAGAAGGUUGUUCGUGAACACCGUGAGGAACCAUGAGGAUCUAGAUGCUUCAGACUACAGGCAGGAUAUGCUGAAAAGACAACUGAAGCGUGAUUUCCCCCAGUUGGUUUUUCACACCCCUUUCAAGCGCAACGUGUCUGAAAUGGUUUUUUUGGAGACAUUAUCAACAACAGACAAACUUUUAGACAGGAUACCUCAGUCAUCAGGUACAUCAGCUACCGAAUCUACUGAGGUAAGCCAAGAAAGUGAUACUGAACAAAUGGCUAGCUCAUCAUCUGGUUGGAAAACCACAGAACAAACAAGGACACUUUACAGUGCAGGGCUGAUAUUGAGGACCAUUCUAAGCAAAUCACCCGGACUGAAAUGCCCAUGGCCUCCCACAGCAGAAGAUUUAAAUGUAUGUGAAGCAAAAGCUGUUGUGCCUGUUGAACUGUACAAUCUAAUUUCCUGGAUUAUUGGUGCAACAGAAGAACCAACACUAGCCGGUUAUGUUGAUAUUCCUGAUGAUGUGAAUCUAAAAGUUAUCUCUCUAUGUCAAGAAAUUGUGUAUCUUGAAUCUAAAGGUCGAAAGCAGACACCUAAAUCAUUGUGUCUUGGUCUAACUGUUCGCCAUCUAACAGGAUCAUCAAAUGUUCUCUCACUACUGAAUAAAUUAGGACAUUGUUCUUCAUGGGACACAGUUGUGAGUCUAGACACGAGCCUUGCUCAGCUCAGCUUUUACAAUAGAGUUAGUAGUGAUGUUACGCUCAAAGCAGACGCUCGAGACAAGUGUCGAGCGCUCGCGGCAGAAGUAUCACGAAUCAGUCGUCCCGAUGUCUCGCUGGAUCCGGUGGAACAGCUCGUGACGUCACGCUCGAAGCAGACGCCCGACAAGUGUCGAGUGCUCGCGGCAACAAGUAUUCCGAUACGUUGUACUGAUGUCUCGCUUCAUUCAGUGGAAAAACACCUGGACGCGGAAGCAAAGCGUUGUGAUGUCACACGCGUGUCGGCCGUGACCGUGGACGUGUCACUCAGGUAG